AUGAUUGAUACAGAAGCAUUUGUUAGAAACUCCCCUUUCAAAUUGACUCACAGUGAUUCUAGUGAUAGAUACAAUCUUAACAACACUACUCCUGAUUUAUUGAAAUUCCAACUUCAAGAACAAUAUAGGAGUACAAUGUCUGAAUUACAUAAAGAUACUCUUGAUGCAACUAAAGAUCAUUUGGAUGAAAAUAAUACCAAUAUGAAUUUUUCCAACGGUCAAGCAUUGCAAGACUCAUUUAGUAACCAUUUGCAAUCACAAUUAGAUUCUGAUGCUAUUCAUUUAAGUACAUCCACAGGGAAUUUAUCUAUUUAUUCAACAACAACUUCAACUUAUGUUGAAGAUGAAACUGAACAGGAACAGAAUCAAAACAAAAUGGGUGAAAAUGACGAAAACAAUUUGGAUUCAUUCAUCUCAUCACAAUUAAACAAACCAAAUUAUCUUAAUUUAAAAAUAUUGAUCGAAAACUCAAUAUUUGACACUAAUAAAAUCACUCAAAACUCAAUAUUACCUUUAACUGAAGUUCGUAUACUCAAACUGGCCAUAGAUGAAAAACAAGAUUUACAACAAUACUUGUUGUCGAAAAUAGCGAUAUCACAAUCUUUCUUUAAUGAUGUUGUUAGUCAAGAUCAAGAAAUUGAAAAGGAAUUAUUAAUAAAAAUAAUGAAAACCCAAUCUUCAUUACAAACAAAGUUAAUUUCAACAACAACUGAACUUGAAUCUUUGAAAGAAAAAUUAGCCAAUCACAAUAUUUCAUGUUUGGUUUUAGGAUAUAUUGAAGAUGUAAAGGCAUCUAAAAAUUUAAGUGCCAAUACAACUUUAAAUCAAUCACCAAUCAAUUCUCCGGGUAAAAUACCCAAUAAUAGGGAUUCCAUUUCUCCUAAUAAAUACCAUUUCUCCAAUCGUAAUAGUCAAACCGAAAACAUGCAACAUCUUGAUAGUUUGUUUGCUCAUAUUGCUAGUGUGGCAGCUCAACGUAACAUUCCAUUACCUUCACCACCAGCUACCGAUGGAUUUGACGCCAAGAUAGCUUGGGUUCAACAAUGUAUUGAUUCAAUAUUAUCAGAAGAAAACAUUGAAGUUAAUGCUAAACAAACAAAGGAAAUAUCACGAAGUGCAAGUAAAUCUUCAAAAGAAUAUAAAACUGCAUUGAAUGAUUUAAGAUUUUCUUAUGAAUAUUUAUCUAAAGAAUAUGAACAUUCUCGAGAUGCAUCUAAUAAGUUGAUACAUGAUUAUAGAAAGAAAAUAAGCCAAUUGGAAAGGGAUUUGAAAACUAGAUCAACAAAUACUGAUGAAUUAAUGUCACCACCACCAACAACAACUGGAUCAUUUGGAUCAACAAAAUCUGGUACAUCAAUAUCAUAUGAUUUAAUAGAAAGUAAAGAUAAAGAAAUUUGUCGACUUCGUAAAGAAUUGAAUUUAUUGAAAAUUGAUAAACUUGGUAAACCAUACGGGAACAAUCACAACAACAAUAGUACGUCAUCAUUUUUACAAUCACCAAAUUUGGAUAGUCAUCAUCAACAAAAUGCAUAUACUUCAGUAUCACCAAUUACUGGAGAAUUUUUAAAUAUACCUGAAUUAUCCCUGCCUAAUGAAGAAGAAGAAGAAAACGCUACUAUAAAUUCUCAUAGUAGUAAUAAUGGUAAUAAAAGACCCGUUUCUAUAUCAGGGUUUAGUAACGGAAUAUUAAGAAAAGAAUUCAAAAAAAUAGUUAGCGAUAUACAAGAUCAAUAUGAAAUGGAAUUAGCUGAAGAAAGAUUAAGAAGAAGGAAAUUACAAGAACAAUUAGAUCAAUCAGGGAAAUCAUAA